AUGUAAAUUCCUACUAUAAAUUAAUUAGAUUUAAGUGUUGAUUAAUAGCAUAUAAAUUAAAGUUAGCCUGAGAGUAAUAAAAAUUUAAGAGUAAAAAAUAGUAAUGUGAGCAUAGGUUCAAUUUUAUUUAAGUAAUUCAAUAUUUGCAGCAUCACAUUUCCAUUGUCAAUAAUACUUCUGUUGUACUUCUGGAUUUUGUUCAUCUAUCAAUAAGUGAAUGAAAAAUUAUUAAGUUGUGUUCUAUACGAUUGUGGAGCUAAGUUUAGGCCAGACAUUAAACACAGAAGUUAAUUUUAUAGAAUGCUGAUUUCAAUUCCUCAAUUUGGAGGAAUAACACAUAUUAUUAUAGGCUUCAUUACAAUUUAAAUGUACGGAUAUAUAUCUGAAUUAAAAUAUGGGAAAUUGAAGUAUAGUUUAAUUCUCUUUUUGUCAGGCUACUCAAGCAAUUUAUUGAGCUCUUUAAUUUAUCCUUAUAAUUUAACUGUAGGAAGUUAUGGGAUUAUUUAUGGAGUAAUUAUACUUUAUGGAUUUAUAAUCAUUUAAUAGAAAUAAUUGGGAUAAUAUAAGAAAUUGAUAUUAAGUAUAUACUUUUUAGUAUUUUGUAUCAAUUUUAUUCCGAUUAUUUCAACAAAUUAAGUAGAUAUAGCAUGUAUUUUUGGAGGUAUUCUCUCAACUCUUUUAAUGGGAAUAUACUUCUAAAAUUUUGAAUUUCAAAGAGGAAAUAUUAUUUCUUAUAGUGCUUUAAUUUUGUAAUUAAUUUACUUGAUAACUGGUACAAUCUUAAUAUUUAUAUUGGAAGUUGAUGACAUAUAAAUAAGUAGAUUUUGCUGA